AUGGAGAAAUCUAAAAACUUUUGCAUUGACGCGCUCCUGGCGCAUGACGCGGCGCAGAGGAUUGACGGAGACCGCGCGUCCCCGGGACUGUUUUACAGCUCGAGUCCGGAUGGCAGUCCAGCGUCAGUCUGCGCCUCAGAGUCUUCCUCUCCUCAGACAAACUCUUCCUCAGUCCAAUCAGGGGUCCUGUCCAAAUCCCACGUCUUCAGCCUGUCCCAGUCAGGACUCAGUCUCCAUCAGGCAGGUCUCCUCGGGACGCACGCUGCGGGGCCCAUGUAUCCACUGACGGCCCUUGGAGGCCAGCACCCCGCCUUGGUGUACCCAGGCUUCAUGCAGCUGUUCCAACCGUUUUCAGAGCAGUUCCAGGGGGGCACAACGCUCCCCCUGGAACCAUGGAUCAGAACGGGGAUGGUGAUGCCCAGACUUGGAGAGUUUGGUGCUCAAGCAGCUGUGUUGGGGAAGUGUCGGAGACCAAGGACAGCUUUCACCAGUCAGCAGCUGCUGGAACUAGAAAACCAGUUCAAGCUCAACAAGUACCUGUCCAGAUCUAAACGCUUUGAGGUGGCCACCUCGCUCAUGCUGACAGAGACUCAGGUGAAGAUCUGGUUCCAGAACAGACGCAUGAAGCUGAAGAGAAGUCAUAAAGCCAAAGAAAAGGUAGCAGCAGCCUCUCUGACUCAGGAUGAGGAGGACAUACAGAGAAUCAAACAUCACGAUGGUUCUCUCAGCUCAAGCCUGGAAGAUGAAGAGGAGGGAGAAGAUGAGGUUGAGGAUGAAAUGGGGGAAAUAAAAUAGCUGAGGGAAACCUCCGUGCAUUCUUUCAGCUUCCAGAGGCAUGAAGCAGGUGGAAAUGAGAACUCUUACU